AUGGCUACUCGACGCCUCGCCAUCUGGUCGCACAACCUCCAAUACUCGGACCUUCCGGAAGAUGUAAUCCGUGCAGCUAGUCGAAGCUUCUACAACUGGGUUGGCUGCACCAUAGCAGGAAGUCAUCAUGAAGCUACAAAGAUCGCCCACCAAACAUUAUCUCCCUUCUUCGGCCCACCUACAGCGUCUCUACUCGGGCACAAUGGAGCCUCGCGUUUAGAUGCUCAGCACGCGGCGUUGAUCAAUGGUAUAGCAUCGCAUGUCCAUGAUUAUGACGACACGCACCUCGACACCAUCAUCCAUCCGACAGGACCAGUUGCAAGCGCUCUUCUUUCUGUUGCAGAGUGGAGAGGCGGUAUCUCAGGAAAGAAGUUUAUCACAGCUCUCAUGGCUGGUAUAGAAGCUGAAUGCAAGGCUGGACUCGCUGUCUGGCCAGAACACUACGAUAUUGGCUGGCAUAUAACUUCCAUCGUCGGGUCAAUUGGCGCGGCAGUUGCAGUCUCGAAGGUCCUGGGACUAUCUCCAACAAAGACUACCCAUGCAAUUGGUCUCGCAGCGACUCAAGUCACUGGCCUUCGAGAGAUGUUUGGUUCACACUGCAAAUCAUUUCACGUUGGCCGCGCUGCUCAAAACGGCCUGCUAGCUGCUGUCAUGGCUGAAGGAGGCUACACUAGCAGUGAAGGCGCACUGGAAGCCAAACGUGGCUGGGCUACAGUCGUCGGCACAAACAAGCCAGACGUGCUCCAAGCUCUAGAUCGUUGGCUCGGUACUGAUAAUGAGGAUGGCUUAGCUGGUGGAGAUAACGGCCGUUGGGAGAUUGUGAGGAAUAGCUUCAAGCCUUUCCCCUGUGGGAUUGUUAUACAUCCUAUCAUCGACGCAUGCAUACAGUUGCACGAGGCACUGAUCAGAGAGGGACACAACCCAGCGCAGAUCGAGUCUGUCACGGCACAAGUCCACCCUCUCGUCCUGGAACUCACUGGGAAGAAGACUCCAAAGGACGGUUUAGAGGCAAAGUUCAGCGUCUACCAUAGCGGCGCGUGCGGUCUCCUCCUCGGCAGAGCCACGCCGUCAGAGUAUGAAGACAAUGUUGUACUCGAUCCAGCCGUCAUUACCAUCCGCGAUCGCAUUACAGCCAAUAUCGAUACAAGUAUCGCAGCAGACUCGGCCAAGAUUAGCGUUGUACUUCAAAGCGGAGAGGUGUUUACGAAGUAUGUCGAGCAUGCUAUUGGCAGUCGCGCGAAUCCUCUGAGCGACGAGAAGCUGCGGGAGAAGUUUGUUGAUGGAUGUAACAGCGUUUCGAUACGUGACGCUGAGGCAGUGAGCCAACGGUGCUGGGAGCUGGAAGCUGGCAGACCCUUUCAUCAAUGUCUAAAAGAGCAUCAAGCCGUAUUCUUCACCGCUGACUGCGAGGAUAAAGUCUCGCCUUUUUACAUCCGCCAACCAACCACCCCUCCACGCUCUUUUGGGUUUGGAGGAGUCGUUCGCGUCGGUGACACUCUCAUCGCCAGCGAUAACACUAAACAUCAGCUCGUCAAAUUCGCUAUUCACAGCGGCCAUCACUCACCAGUUGUUAUCCCACAGACAAACUAUCACAAUUUCUCCGGUGCAGGUUCCGUAAGCGUACCUCACCGGCACGGCGGAAAGGUUUUGCUGAUGGCAGAAGAUGUUACUGCCAGCAAUACAACUGGGGUCUCUGUGUUCAUCUCCAAGGAUAACUGGAAAAGUGCCAGGUUCUUGGGCUUUAUUGAGAGUGUUGACAGAAAGUCGGAACCUGCUUCUGUGGCUAUGAGUCUGGCUUCUGCGCAUGAGCUUGGCGAUCGCAUUUAUUCGAGCACUUUGUUUUACGACAACAAGGUUAACCCUGCGAUGGCGGGCAAUCGGACUGACUUUUCACUACGGGAUAUUACGGAGUCAGUUGACGCCCUGUUGAAGGAAAACGGAUUCAAAAUAUAG